CGGACCCGCGGUGGCGCGAGCGCUCCGGCCGCCGCCUCCCGGCUGACCCCGCGAUCUGAGGCUGUCAGAGAUGACUCUGGUUCUGUCCAUGAAUAGAUUCUGCGAGCCCAUUGUCUCGGAAGGAGCUGCUGAAAUUGCUGGGUACCAGACGCUAUGGGAGGCUGACAGCUACGGAGCUGAGCCCCCUGGGCCAGCACAGGCUCCUCUGCAGGGAGACCGGGGAGCCGGUCCCCCACUGGCAGGAUCACAUUACAGGGGAAUUUCAAAUCCUAUAACAACAUCCAAGAUCACAUACUUUAAGAGGAAGUAUGUGGAAGAAGAGGAUUUUCACCCACCACUCAGCAGCUGUAGCCAUAAAACCAUCUCGAUUUUUGAGGAACGAGCCCACAUCCUUUAUUUGUCCUUAGAAAAGCUAAAGUUUAUCGAUGAUCCCGAAGUGUACCUCCGAAGAUCUGUCCUUAUAAACAAUUUGAUGAAAAGGAUCCAUGGAGAAAUCAUCAUGCAGAAUAACUGGUGCUUUCCUGACUGCUCUUUCAAUGGCACCUCUGCCCAAGAGUGGUUUAUGGCUCAAGACUGUCCUUACCGGAAACGACCACGGAUGGCCAAAGAGGAGUGUGAAAAGUUUCAUGCCUGCUGCUUUUACCAAGAAUGUGGUGGUCACUACCUAAAUGGACCCCUUUCCCUCCAUGCUAGCGUCGGAAGUGCCUCCACCACUGCCCCGUCCCCCCGCCCCCCCCCCUCCCCCCCGCCUUUACCGAGUUGUUCCCACCAGGUGGAUUUCGAUGUAGGCAGCACAUCUGUUUACAAAGGUGAUGGCCAGGUACCUGCCAAUGAAAUCUUUGUCACUAAUGUCAGGUCACUAGGUGUUCAGGAAAAGGCCCCAGUAAGUGAUGAGAAAGCAAAUAAUGACACCAGCAGGGAUGGUGGCCCCCUAAGCCAUGAACCUGGGGGAAAUGACCUUGCUUUUGAGUGCAAAGGCCAAUUUUAUGAUUAUUUUGAGACUGGAUAUAAUGAAAAAAGCAAUGUGAGUGAGUCUUGGAAAAAGUCCUUAAGGAAAAAGGAGCCUUCACCAAGUAACAAACCGUGCUGUGGCAAAGGGAGUAAAAUAUGAGCCAUCUUUU